UUUCUUUUCGUCGAUGAAUUCCUCAAGUAGUUGUUGGCUGGGUUUUUUGAGCUUGUCCUCGUUUUUCGCUUUUUUUAAAGUGGCCAAGUAUUGUUUUUCCUCUGUAUCUAAUUCAGGGUGCGGCGAACGGCAGAGACCGACAAGGAGAGAAAUGCGGAGCUGUUCUAGUUGUGGUACUAUCUCAUGCUCAAGCCUAUACUUACCCUUUUUCUUUCCUCAUUUCCAGAAUCCUUCUUUCUUCUUCAAAUCAAGGAGGCCGUACACCAAAACCCUAAACCCUUUUCUGUUGCCCUCUAAAAAUCUCUCCACUCCCCUUUCCUUACCUUUAAGACCCACUCCUUUGUCUAAAGUAUCACAAGUUCUCUUUUCAUCUACCGGCAAUGGCAAGGAAACUGAGAUUGAGCUACUCGGCAAGCCAUCUCUUAUCUCUAUCCCCGAAGAAGAAGCCCCAGAGUCUUCGAAAUCCGUUCAUCUCGACGAUGCUUUGGCCCCUUUCCUAAAAUUCUUCAAGGCCAAAGAUUUGGAUGGACAAGACCAAUUAGGCCAAAAGAGCCAAGCGUCACUGGGUAGAGAAAUAUUGAAGGAGAAGGAAAAGCUAGAUGAGAGAACGAGAAUUGGAGUGGAGUACUAUGACCCAAAACCUGGUGAUUUGGUCGUUGGAGUGGUGGUAUCGGGGAAUGAUAAUAAGCUCGAUGUUAACGUUGGUGCUGAUAUGCUGGGCACGAUGCUUACAAAGGAGGUACUUCCCUUCUAUGAUGCGGAACUGGCUUAUCUGUGCUGUGAUUUGGGAAAGGAGGCGGAGGAUUUCAUGGUGAGUGGGAAAAUGGGGCUGGUGAAGGAUGAGGUGGCGAUGGGUGCAAGAGAAAUGUCAGGAAGGUCCGCUGUGGAAAUGGGUACAGUUCUUUUCGCUGAGGUUCUAGGUCGAACGCUUAGUGGGCGGCCACUACUUUCUUGCAGGAGGAUGUUCCGCAGGGUUGCAUGGCAUCGAGUGAGGCAGAUAAAACAAUUUAAUGAGCCCAUUGAGGUUAAGAUUUUUGAGUGGAACACUGGGGGCCUUUUAACCAGGAUUGAGGGUUUACGUGCAUUCCUCCCCAAAGCUGAGCUGUUGAAUAGAGUUAGCAGCUUUAUGGAUUUGAAGAAAAAUGUUGGUCGACGGAUGUUUGUGUCUAUUAGUCGGAUUGAUGAGACAACUAAUGUCCUGAUUAUCAGUGAGAGAGAAGCUUGGGAUAUGCAUCAUUUAAAAGUGGGAACCCUUCUAGAAGGGUCUAUCUGCAAAAUUUUUCCGUUUGGAGCCCAAGUAAGAAUUGGCGAGACUAAUCGAAGCGGCUUACUUCAUAUCUCGAAUAUAAGUCGCACCCGUGUAGCUUCUGUGAGCGAUGUUCUUGAAGUUGACGAAAGGGUCAAAAUUCUUGUUGUCAAAUCUAUGUUUCCAGACAAGAUAUCCUUGAGCAUUGCUGAUCUUGAGAGCAAACCUGGUCUAUUUCUUUCAGAUAAGCAGAAGGUUUUCUCGGAGGCGGAAGACAUGGCAAGGAGGUAUAAACAAAAGACAUCAGUUAUGUCAGCAACUCCGAAAGUGGAUCAACUUCUAGAUGAGGUGCUGCCUUUUGAUGAUGAAGCUAAAUUGUAUGCUAACUGGGAAUGGUUUAAGUUCGAAUGAAAUGAAGAGUCAAAGGUUCAAACUUUUCUACUGCCUGGUUAUUUCAUGAAGUAGACCUGUUACAAUUGAAGCUGUAGAUCCCUUCAGGAUUUUAAUACAAGCCUAGAAUGAAGCUAGUUGAAUGUUCAAAUAGUUCCAGAAUUCUGCGAUUCUAAAUUUUUUUUCGAGAAAUAUUGUAUCCCUCAGGUGUGCGCAGAGCAUCCAGGCGAGGUAUAUUUGAGCAUUUGUAUAAUGUCCUAUUAUUUUCGUUUUUUCACGGACAAUGUCCUGUUAAUGCAUUUUCGUUACUAGUAAUUAUAAGAAAUGCUGAACAACUUUUAUUGGAA